CAAAAUAAUAUGGCGGACGGUACGGAGUGGUGGGAACGAUCGAAAGUGUUAUGAUACUGCUGUGGUGUCAUUUUACAGACAGAGAUAUUUAGAAUGUGGUUCCUAGAAUGUUGCUAGCUUCACAUGACACAUCCAGCAUGAAUGCCCGUGGUAGCUACGAGUCUGAGCGACAAAACCUACUCGAUCGUCUACUUGAUGCAGUCAAACAAUGUCAGGUGCGAUUUGGAGGGAAGACCGAGUUGGCUACAGAUACAGAUAGCAGGGUUUCUUGUCUAUUAGCACAGUUGCAGGCCAUAUUGGGACAUGGAUUGAAGAAACCAAAGGGCACAAUAAGGGCAUUCAUGCAAGUUGGGCAAGUUGCUGGAAUCACAAAACAGCAGGAAUUAGAGCCAGAUUUCUAUGUUUUCAUAAAGGAACAUCUUAGUAAGAAUGAAAUAGAGAGAUUUGCUGGACUGCAUCACAUCAACACAGAUGCUGGACGAGGCCGUGCUUGGCUGAGAUCAACACUGAAUGAACACACACUAGAGAAAAGUAUCCACAACAUCCUGUCAAACAAAGCACUUCUGAGGUCAUACUAUGAGAGCGAAGCAUUUUUAGUUGAUGAAGAAAAGUCAAGCAUGUUACCAAUGAUAUCAGCUGGCUUGAGUUCUAUAUUAUUUGCCCUUGGAAUUGAUAAAGAAGAACUUAAUGCUAAACAAAUUUCUUCACCAUCAACUAAAGAAGUUUUUUCCAAUCUUUUACCAUCUUUUCCUGCUUCAAGACCAAAAGAAGAUCMAGCAGCAAUAUUGGCAGAAACCACAUCAAAUAAGAAAGCUAAAAAGAAGAAAAAGAAAAAGAGUGCAGCUAUUGUAUCGAUUGAUGAUAUUGAUGAUAUGGACAGCAGUAGAGAAGACUUACCAAAAUUAGAUUCCACAAAUUUUCAGCCUAACUGUCAAUCAACAAAUACCAUAAAACCAGGCCACUCCAGAUCAUCGUCAUAUCCAGGAAAGAUAAAUGUUGAAGUUGCUGAUACUGUAAUGCCAAAUACACAUUAUUCUCAUGGGUUCUCCAGAGAAAUUUCUUUAUCAGAUGACAGCAUUGCCAAAUGGACAGAUAGGAAUUCUGAGGAACUAGAUUGUGUUGUUAAUCCUGAUUUGAAUAAAACUAUAUAUACACAGUCAGUGGAAACCAUUGAAGAAAAAGAUGAAAAACAUGUUACAAUUGACAAUAAUGUCUCAGAUGAUGAUAAGGAGUCAUCACUGAUUCCAAAUGAUAGUAGUAAAGGUAAUUCUGAUGGGGUUUCUGAAAGUACUGAACAAAGUAUACUUCCAAAUAAAACUGAAAACAAAAGUAGUUUAUUUAGCUUCAAGUCAUUCAAAUCACAAAAAAAUAGGACAACAUUUUAUGUGGAAAGUAUUGAUAUGAGUGGACCUAGUGAGGAAGACCUGUUGUCAAGCUCAGUUUCCAAGGAGAGUGAAAUUUUAUUGGUGAUGGGAGGCGAAGAUGGACUAUUACCUUUAACUGAAAGCAAACUUGAAGAACAAACUGUUACAAAUAUUGACAAUAACCAUGAAGGACAGGGAGGACAUGAUGGAGAAGAAGAAAAGAACAGUUCUAAAGACAGUGUCUCAUUGUCAAGUAAUUCAUGGCUUGAUGAUACUGAUGAAAGACUUGAUCAAAGUGAGGAUGAAUUAAUGAGGGCAAGGUCUGAGUCAAUGUCAGCUGCUACAGAUGCUGCUGCUGCUGCCUUGGAGCUAUGUAGCCCAAGAGACCCCAUGACAAGUAUAACAUCAAGUGAUGGGAAAGUAAAUCUCAUAAAGCAUAGUGAAUCUCAAGAAGACACCAUGUCUACAAGUGAGCUGAAGCAGGCAAUUGUUUCAAUGAUGUUACACAAAGAUGAAAUUGAAGAUCAAAACAGGAUAUUGCGUCAACUUCUUGAAGAAAAGCAAAGAGAAAAAGAAGUGUUGCAAGCAGAGGUUGAGCAACUUAGUGAGGAGAACAAACAGAAAGAAGACAAGAGUGUUGUACAGAUUGAAGCUCUCACCAGAGAGAAUGAAGUCUUAAAGCACCAGCUGAAAAAGUAUGUUGGUGCAGUACAGUUGCUGAGAAGUAGCAUGAAUGAAGGAGGCUCUACUAAUCCACAAGCUUUGUCUGGAAUCAGGCAAGAUGAAUUGAUUCCAGCACCACCAGAACAACAGCACGAUGAAGAUAUUGACAGUGCUAAUGAGGCUAAAGAGUACAAGCAGAAACUAAUUCAAGUUGCUGAGAUGCAUGGUGAGCUGAUGGAGUUUAAUGAACGACUUCAGCUUCAGUACAACUACUGGCAAGCACAAGCCUUGAGGCUUCAAGAAGAGUUGAUUGAUUUACGUGGUCCUCUUCCACAAGAUUGCCAAGCUAAAGAAACAGCCAAUGUAUUUGAUCCUCUGACUGCAGCUGCCAGAAACAGACCUCUGAUCAAUGUCUGGAUUCCUUCUGUGUUUCUUAAAGGCAAAGGUUCUGCUGGAGUCCAUCAUCUAUAUCAGGUUUAUGUACGGAUCAAAGAUGAUGAGUGGAAUGUUUACAGGCGCUACUCUCAAUUUCAUGAACUGCACAAAAAGCUAUAUAAGAACCAUAAGAUUGUAGACACAUUCAAGUUUCCUUCAAAGAAGACCUUUGGCAACAGGGGCAGAAAAUUUGUAGAGGAACGUCGCAAGGCUCUCCAAGAAUACAUCCGCCAUGUUGUGAAUUUACUCAUUUCAACAACACCCGAGCUUACAUCAAGCACCUCUAAAUCUACUCUCCUUGACAUUGUACCAUUCUUUGGGGAUCCUUAUCCACCACGACUGGCAUCAAAGAAAGCAUCCAUAAAAAGUAAAAACACACAGCCCUAUGAUGGUCUGUGACAAUCAGAUAAAACAACAAACAAAUAUUUGAUGCUGUAUUUUUAUGACAAUACUAUAG